AUGAGAGAAGGUGCGCAGAAGGAAGGAAAGUGUAAGCGAAGUCGGCAGGUUUGCGCGUCAACGGCUGUAGCGCCUCUCAAAGAUCAGUGUCCAAGACGCUUGCUCUACCUCAGACGCUCUCUGGCGGUCCUGAUGGAAGGUCUGGUGUGCAAGUUGGAAGGCUGCAGCCGGCCGGUCUAUCGUGAUGAAGCAACCAAUGAGAUCUACCUGUUCUGUGGGAGAACUCACAGCAGAAAGUACGAGGAGCUGGUUGCGCAGGCAGCGGGAAGGCCCAUGUGUAAGCUUCCCGGCUGUGACCGGUACGUGUACUACGAUGAAAUUGCAGAGAUAAAACACAACUUCUGUGGAAGAACGCACGCAAGAGCUGCGGGAUCUUUGCAAAGACCUCUCAGGAUCGACCCCUCUGCAAGAGCGCGGGAGUUGGCGGGGGAGAAGCUAUGCAAGCUGCCGGGAUGCUCCAUAGAGGUGUGCGUUGAGGGAAACCGGGUCCACGACUUUUGCUGCAAGACUCAUGCAACGAAAGUAGCGGAAUGUCUUGGUCCGCAAAUGAAGCCAGGCUUCCAGCUGAAAGAUAAAGAGGCGAUAGGGCUGAUCCAGAAAAAGCACGACGAAAGACAGGCGCAUCAGCUCCCGCAUUACAUCUUCGAGAGUGACAUCUACAGCUGCGAUCCGUGGGAGCUUUCAGAGGUGAAACGGGCUCUUGAGAACGACCCCAAGACAGAGGACUGGCUCUAUUGGGAGGUUGUGCCGGAUGGACAAAUGAAGAGAGAGACUGGAACGUUUCACAGAUGGAAAGCUGCAACCGGCAAGGUUACAAGAAUAAAAGACGGCAGUGACCGGGAGAUUGGAUUCAAAAACGGACUGGAGUUGGUGUUCAAGAUAAAGGACAAGCACAAGCUGGUACUUUCACCUGGCCCCACGGGAGCGACUCAGUUUAGAUGGCGAAUGGUGGAGUAUAGAGCAGAGGCAGAACGGCUGCAAAAGUGGCGGCUCGUCGUGAUAUCCAGAGCAGAAGUAGCGGCGCUGGGUCAAAGCGCAGGCGAGGAAGUUGGAGGGACAGGGCCAGCUCAGACGGAUGACGACGUCACGUUGAUAGCAGAGGAUGAAAUCACGAUGGAAGGCCAGCUGGAAGCGGGCGGGGGAUCCUACCAGGCGGCGGCUCCAGACAUGACGCAAGCGCUGAGCCGGACCGAAGAAGUCGUGGCAUUCUACGACGAACGGGGAAGCAAGCGUCAGCGGUCAACCGAGGGAGCAUGA